CUCCAUCCAGUAUCUCCGUUUCACCACCAUCACUCGAGAACCACAUCAAUCUAGACGUCCUUUUCCCUCCCCCCACCGCCCAAGAUGUUCUUCUUCGGUCUUGGGAAGCUCGUUUACGUCAUCAUCCUCCUCAUCAACUCCCUCGCUGUCCUCUCCGAAGACCGCUUCCUAGCCAGAAUCGGAUGGGGCCGCACACAAAACGACCCAGCUUUCGGCGCAACCUACGAUACCACCAGCGUCAAAGCGAAGACCAUUAAUCUGAUUGCGAGUGUGAGGACUGUUAUGCGAAGUAUGUCAACGAAUCCCCAUAUUUCGCUAUUGCAUACCUACUAGUUAUGCGAUGUGGUGGGAAACAAUGGAAAGAAGAGAGACACAAUGCUAACGAGCUGUGGGGAAAUGUUUUAGUACCGCUUAUUGU